AUGACUUCAAAAAUGGAAUUAUCCCUUCCAAAUGCUCGCCCAUACGAAUUUGCCUUUCCUCUUGCUACCACAGCAUUCAUCGUAAUUGAUAUGCAACGGGAUUUUCUAGAUCCAGAUGGCUUCGGAUCCAUUGCAUGUGGAAACCCCGCCAUCUUCUCGGCUGUCCGCAAAAUCGUGCCAAAUGUCCAGAGAGCUUUAGAAGCGGCACGUUCCAUGGGCUUGCAUGUCAUUUAUACCCGGGAAGGCCAUCUCUCGAAUCUCUCAGAUUUACCUGCUACGAAAAGAUUUAGGCAGGUAAAUGCGCCAAAUGGCAACCAAUUGAUAGGCAUCGGCGAUGAGGGUCCAAUGGGGAAACUGUUGGUGAGAGGCGAGAGGGGUCACGAUAUUAUUGACGAGCUGAAGCCGUAUCCUGGGGAGCCAAUUAUUGACAAGCCAGGAAAAGGAAGCUUUUGGGGUACCGGAUUUCAUAGGCUGUUGCUUGCGAGAGGGAUCACUCAUCUGAUACUCACUGGCGUGACCACGGAAUGUUGCGUGACGAGUACGUUGCGAGAAUGCAACGAUAGAGGCUACGAAUGUUGUGUUCUUUCGGACUGUACCGAGGGGUUUGAUCCAGCGAUGGUGGCGACAUCAUUGGACAUUGUAUGCUGUCAAGAUGGCCUCUUCGGAUACGUCGGCCAUAGCGGAGAGUUCAUUUCACAGACGAAUGAAGCACACUCUCUCAAGCCAGCUCUCACUGUAGAUCUUGAUGCUACAGCACUUCCCUCUAUCAAUGAGCUCAGAGGUCUAUACAGAAAUGGUCUGCUUAAUCCAGAAGCAGUCAUACAAUCUGUGCUUGAGCGCAUAGCCAAAUGCGAGAGCAUCAACCCAUCUGUGUGGAUCUCAAAAGAAUCUCCAGUGGAUAUACUAGCAGCCGUCAGAACAUUAUCUGCGACCUACGCCGGCAAAGAGCUUCCUCCUCUCUUUGGCAUCCCAUUCGCCGUAAAAGAUAAUAUCGAUAUCAAAGGUGUUGUUACUACAGUUGCAUGCGACAGCUUCGCCUAUACUGCCACUGCUACAGCUCCAGCGAUUCAGCAUUUACUUGAUGCUGGGGCAAUAUAUAUAGGAAAACUAAAUCUCGACCAGCUUGCCACUGGUUUAACAGGUUGCCGAUCGCCUUAUGGCAUUCCUCAUAGCUACUAUAGCAAAAGGCACAUCUCCGGCGGCUCAUCUUCUGGGUCCUCCAUUGCCGUCGCUGCCGGUCUUGUUUCUUUUGCCAUUGGAACCGACACAGCCGGAAGCGUUCGUGCUCCAGCGGCCUUCUCCGGCGUCGUCGGCUUCAAACCCACAAAGGGUACCAUUUCCGCAAGAGGUGCGGUACCUGCCUGUCAGAGCCUUGAUACCCUUGGUAUCUUAGCACCUUCUUUGUCAGACGCGAGACAAGUCUGGUAUGUGAUGGAUCAGCAUGACCAUUUAGAUCCAUAUGCCAAACCACCAUCAAGCCUGCCCACUUGGAUAGUGGAUUAUCGAGGAUUCAGAGAGGGAGGGUUCACCUUUGGCAUACCUCCAGAUUCUUUGCUACAAAUGUGCUCUGCAAAAUACCAAGAGCUGUUCAAAGUAGCUGUUGGUAAAUUGCAAUCGUGCGGAGGAACUCUGAUUGACAUUGACUACGCGCCAUUUGCCAAGGCUGGCGAUCUGAUUUACAAUGCAUCCCUUGUCCAUGAACGUCUUGCUUCAAUCGGCUACGAAUUUAUUGUAGAGAAUAUUGACACGUUUCAUCCCACCACUAAAUCCAUCUUUCAGGGUGUUUUAUCAUCUAACUUAAAGGCCUGGGAAGUGUUUCGAGAUCAAGCCACACAAAUGCAAUGCAUCGCCGAGGCGCGCCGAACGUUCAACAAACUUGAAGAGGGUAUCGAUGUUCUCGUUGUGCCGAGCAUGCCUUGGCAUCCUACUAUACAAGAAAUAUUGGAUGAUCCACUGGCUCUGAACUCGAAACUUGGGCUAUUCACACAUCCUGCAAAUGUUGUUGAUCUCUGCGGCGUCAGCGUUAACGCCGGAUGGAUAGAUGAGGAAGGAAUACGGCUACCGUUUGGUAUCACGUUUCUUGGUGACAGUGGAUAUGAUGGGAAGGUUCUAGAUAUCGCAGCUAUUUUUGAAAAUCUUAUCAAAUAG